AUGAGUAACUCGAGUCGUCCCCAAAACCCGCCAUAUGGCAGUAAUCAGCUUCUGAGGCGACUUCACAGAAUCCAUGCAGUAAAAAGUCGAUCGGGUAACAACGAAGGCUUUCAACGCGCCCGUAAAUCGCUCAAACAACUCAGGGGGAACUUCGAGAGGUACUACCCCGGACAAUUCACGUACCAAAGGACACUCGGCUACGGGGGCUUUGGUCUUGCUACAUUAUGGAAAGUGAAGACUCAACGGGGCCGAAUCCUUGAUGUUGCUGUCAAGUCGAGUCUCGGCAGUAAUAGCAGACAUAACGACGAUGAACUAAGAAACGAGAUCAACAUUCAGGGUGAAAUACUCAAAGGCGCGGAACAUAUCGUCCAACUCGAAGAUGUUGAAGAAAAUCUUCUUGAUGAUUACAAGCUAUACAAUAAUUUUGAUGCAGAUGUACCGGUCAUGAUAAUGGAAGUCUUAGAGAAAUCCACUCUUUCAGAGCUUAUAGACAGGAUCAACAAAGGAAGGCUUGAGAAUAGGCGAAUACUUAGAGAUGCCAGAAGAGCCGGGGUAGAAGCCGACAGGAGCGAGCUGCAACUUGGAUAUAUUCCAAACCGGAUACUAUGGAGAUUAUUCUUGUGCUUGGUGAGAGGCAUUGUUGGUAUGGCGUACGGGCCUCCUCCCUUUGGUCCCAACUACCAAACAGGAGAUAAAUAUCGCGAGACUAUACAAGAUCGGCCCCCGAAGCAUCUACUUCACAUGGAUCUCGACAUAUAUAAUGUCCUUUUAGGCGACAUCCGAUUCAACCAACAUGACGACGAGCACUCCUUCUCCCCUACAAUAAAGAUAGCCGACUUUGGAAUUGCCAUAGAAUUGCAUCCUUAUUUACCAGCUGCACAGAAAGCACAACUUGUACGGAAGGGGAAAAGGAAUUUCUUUGCGCCAGAACAAAGAGACCUCGUGAGGUCCUCGAUUGAUCCUGAAGCCAUAGGAAUGCCGAUCAAUGUAUGGGCUGUAGGUCUAGUAAUGUUGAACCUUUUGACUUUAGCUCAGCCGGAAAAUCACUCCUGGAAUGCCAGAGUAAGAACAUAUCCCGCCCCAACCCACCGGGACCCCAAUUAUCGACUGAGAUUUGUUACCUGGGGCUGGUUCCUCAUCGACGACGAGGAGCAUCAUCCAAGCCCAUUCAUUAGCGCAUUCGACCCGGAACUUCGCUUGCUGAUAGCACGCUGCUUGGAGACGUAUGACUCGGAUGCCAAGCAUAAUGCACUAGCAGAGGCUAAAAUUGCCCCCGAAGAAGGUGAAUAUAGACAACGCCUUAUAGCUGAGGAACAGAGGCUAGCCGAAGCCGAAGCCGCGAGCUUUUCGUCCCGGUCUGGUGCUUCUGCUCAACGCGGGGUUUCUGAUACAUAUUCUGCUACUCCCAUAAAACCGGGCCUCGUGACCGCGGACGAGUGGGUAAUGCAGCUCGGUACUGGAACAAAUCUGACUAUUCGGCCUAAGCGACAAACCAACGACCGACCCACGAGACGCUUUGCUACCCCGGGCAAGAUAGAUCUACAGAACGUCCCCCUAAUAUCUCUUCCUUCUACCGACCCAUGGGAAACGGUGAAAAAAGUUCCCAUGCCACCAGGAUACGACCCCACCCAUCCAGUGAACCUAAACUGGCCUCUGGAACCGCCGACCCCGGGAUUCCAAGGCAUCCCUUCCCCUGUUUUCGAGCCUCUACAGCCGCAGCCUCCGCGGAACUCGGCUACAAGGCAUAUUUCGCGCAACGAGUACCGGCCGCUAACGGAGUUCCAGGCGGCGCCGGAGCUCGAGGACGCGGAUCUGAUCACCAAAUUCUACGACGACCACAUACGCAACCCGCCUCGGAAGGUCGACCCGUACGAGAAGCUGUGGCUAGCGGACAGCCAGCAGCAGCAGCAGUCCAGCGAGCAGGACAACAACCUACGGAUGUUUGGCCCCAGUAGGCGAGGGACCAUGGUCCGGGUGUCGAGCCGGAGUCGUAGCCCUCGUCAGGUUCCUGUUGCUCCUAUACGUCAGCGAUCUUCACACCAGCGCUCUGGGGCGCCAUCGCCCCCGUCAAGAAGAAGGUUUGCUCCUCGGGAUAGGAGCCGCUCGGGGCCCGAGUACGUGGGCUAG